GUCGACUGGUGCUACGACAGCUAAAACAAACAACAACCACAACUGCGCGGAUAUUAAAGUCUUUAUAAAAAACUACUUGGGCAUUGAGGUUUGCUAAAGCAAUGGCAGCGUCUUCGUCGUCCUCUUCUGCGGGAGGUGUCAGUGGCAGCUCGGUCACUGGCUCCGGGUUCAGUGCUUCAGAGCUCAUCCCUCCUAGAAAAGUCCUGUAUACGUAUCCUAAAGGUGCAGGUGAAAUGAUGGAAGAUGGCUCCGACAGAUUUUUAUGCGAGUCUGUGUUCAGUUACCAAGUUGCCUCAACACUGAAACAGGUUAAACACGAUCAACAAGUGUCUAGAAUGGAGAAACUCGCAAGCUUGGUGGAAGAGCUGGAAGCAGACGAGUGGAGGUACAAACCAAUCGAACAACUACUGGGAUUUACACCAUCUUAAAUAAAAAAGAUCCAGAUGCCUUUGGUGAAUAAAUCAUGGUUUGUUUUAGUUCGUAAAUUAUAUUCCUUCUUUAUCAUUUUAUUCUAUAUCUAAAGUGUGAAAUAUUAUCUGGAGAUACUGAAUGUGAAAUAUAUUAUUUUAUCACUGUUACUAUUGUAUAACAAUGGCUUACUUUUUUUGUUUUGUUAUUUGAUGCAAAAUGCUAAACAAUAAAAAUACUAUCAUAUACUU